CCCGGGAGCCGGCAUUGGUGCCCGCAGCCCAGGCGCCCCGCGGUCGCCCCAGCCUCGCCCCGCGCCCCCGCGCAGCCCGCCUGCCGUCCGUCCGGAGCCCUCCCGGCCGCCGCGCUGCACGCCUGGAGCGCACCCACUGUCCUCGCGGGGACAGGGGGCCCCGCCACCGUCAUGCUGCCCGCCAUCUACACGGCCCUGGCGGGGCUGCUGCUCCUGCCGCUGCUGGUGAACCUCUGCUGCCCCUACUUGUUCCAGGACAUGCGUUACUUCCUGCGGCUGGCCCGCGUGGCCCGGCAGGUGCGCAGCUACCGGCAGAGGCGGCCGGUGCGCACCCUCCUGCACCUCUUUCUGCAGAAAGCGCGCAAGAGCCCGCACAAGCCCUUCCUGCUUUUCCGCGACGAGACGCUCACCUACGCGCAGGUGGACCGGCGCAGCAACCAAGUGGCGCGGGCGCUGCGGGCCCACCUCGGCCUGCGCCAGGGGGACUGCGUGGCGAUCUUCAUGGGCAACGACCCAGCCUACGUGUGGCUGUGGCUGGGGCUGGUCAAAAUGGGCUGUGCCAUGGCGUGCCUCAACUACAACAUCCGCGCGAAGUCCCUGUUGCACUGCUUCCAGUGCUGCGGCGCGAAGGUGCUACUGGCCUCGUCAGAACUACAAGAUGCUAUUGAAGAGGUGCUGCCAAGCCUGAAAAAAGAUAAUGUGUCCAUCUAUUAUGUGAGCAGAACUUCUAACACGGAUGGGGUCGACUCUUUACUAGACAAAGUAGAUGAAGUGUCAACAGAAGCUAUUCCAGAGUCAUGGAGGUCUGAAGUCACUUUUUCCACUCCUGCCUUAUACAUUUAUACUUCUGGAACCACAGGUGCUACUCUUGUUUUGCGGAACAAAUUUUCAGCCAGCCAGUUUUGGGAUGACUGCAGAAAAUAUAAUGUCACUGUCAUUCAGUAUAUUGGUGAACUUCUUCGGUAUUUAUGCAACUCACCCCAGGUAACACUCCCUGUGUUUCAUUCUUUUUGAGAUGGGUAAGAUUGGAAUUCACGUUACUUUGGGUGAUGCUAGGCUUCAGCUGGUACUUACAUGUCUAUCAGUUUUCAGGUUAGACUACAAUUGUGUGUCAUGAUAAAGUGCUUGGCACCACACCUAUCAUACAAGAGGGGAUCUACUAGGUGUCAGUUGCUAUUAAUAUUAUUAUUCCCAAUCUUUUUACCUGUUUUCACAUCUCACCCUCUACCUAGCAGAUCUUCUCCUUCCCUCUCUGUCUAAAGCCUACUCACUGUCAAAGCCCAGUUCAAAUGAUACUUCAUAUGUUAAACCUGUUUGGGUCACGCCAACAUUAUCUGAUUUCUUUCCCUUACAUCAUCUGAUUUCUACCCAUUGUGGCCUUGUCACAUUGCAGGUAUUUGUCUUCAUACUUCCAUCCUCCCUAGGCUAUAAAGUCUUUGAUGGCAGGGACCACAUCUUGUAUCCUUACUUUCUCUUAAACCAUAGGCAUACAGGAAACAUUUAUUUAAUGUUGCUUGAAUAAAUACCUGGGUGGCUUUGAAACCAUCUGACUAAGUCUGUCAACAAGCUUGGAGCAGAUGCCCCAAGGUUACUCCAGAGGCCUUGGAUCUACCCUGUUUGCAGAUAUCCAGAUGUCUUGAUGAGGUUCUUUGAAAGAACUUCUCCUGCCCUCAAGUCUUAUCAGAGGCCUGGCAUCCUGCCUGGGGACCAAAUCAAGGUUUCUCAACAGCGGCACUGCUGACAUUUUGGGCACAUUCAUUCUUUGCUGUAUGGAGUUAUUCCAUGCACUGUAGGAUAUUUAGUAUCAUCUUUGGCCUUUAUGCAGGACAUACCAGUAGUACCCUCUCCCUCCCCCCUCCCCAGGUUACGAUAAUCAAAAUGUCUUCAGACAUUGCCAGAUGUCCCCUGGCAGGCAAAAUCACCCCAGUUGAGAACCACUAGACUAGAUAAUGCAGUAAACUCACCAGAUUCUACUUCCUUUAGUCCUUUCAAUCAUCGUAAAACAAAUUCAGAGGAUCACUAAGUUGAUAAAUUGCUAUUUAUAAGCACCUGUUAUCCUCAACUUACAUAACAUCUGCUGUGACAUAGGAAGAAGUAUAGGAUGCUCUUGCCCCAGCUCUUCCCCUCCUCACUUCAUUCAGUCUCUGCCCACAUGUCAGCUCAUCAGAGAGGCCCCUCCUACUAAUCAACAAAUGUAUCACCUCGCCCCCUUACCAUCCAUCUCGUGGGUGACUGCUUUUCACAGUACUGCCCCUCGUGACAUAGGACAGGUUUAUACAACUAUUGUCUAUCUCCUCCAAUUACAUGAAAGUUCCACGCACCAGGGGCUUCGUUCACUGCCAGAUCUCUAGCCCUGAGAUCUGUGUGUGGCUCAUUCGAGGCGUCAACAAACUUCGUUGAAUGAACCUCUAAAUUCUGGCCCCUGAAAGAAGUAUGAUUAACUUCAGAGAGGUAAUAUGUUUCCCUGGAAUGUUUAGGCUUAGCACAUAAUAUUCUGAUCUGGGCAGCAGAUUCACCAGCUUACUGAGAAUCAUAAUUAGCUGUGAGCUGGAUUAGGACCUUUCCCACAGCAAUUUCUGUUGAAGUCAUUAUUGAAUUUUUUUCACAUUAGUAUCCCAUCUGGCCCUCAAGAUUGCAUGGCUCUCUAUUAAAACCCAGAAAUCCAUAUGGGUCCCUUCUGUUUGGCUUUUCUUCUCUGCCUUAAAAGUCCCCUUUGUCAGUUAGAAGUCUCCUGGGAGAGGGUGUGUUGACUUGAGGAAAAUAAACAUGUUUGUGUAGCUCUUUCAGGCUUAUACACUCUCACACAUAUAAACACUUCCACCUUUCUCCUUCCUCAUAAUGUUGUCUCAGAUGCUGAAAACCAAAAUUUGAUUGGGGUUUUAGAUCUUCAAAAUAUAUUAUGAUUUGUUGUAUAAUUCAUGGAUGAUCUCAAAUCUAGAAGAUAGGGAGUUUCUGUUAGGUCUUGCUUCCCCCACACCCCUGAGUUCUGGUUUGUCUUCAAAAUUCUUAUGAGAGUUGUAAUGAAUGAUCAAAUUUACCUAAAAAAACCUUCAGUUAAAGACUUUUUAAAAAUUAUAUGAGCUUAAAAAAGUGACAUAAGCUUAUAUAUAGAAAAUCCUUAAGGCAAAAAAAAAAAACUGUUAGUACUAAUAAAUGAAUUCAGCAAAGUAGCGGGAUACAGAGUCAACACAUGAUAAUCGGUUGUAUUUCUAUACACUAACAAUGAACAACCUGAAAAGAUAAUUACAAAAACAAUAACAUCAAAAAGAAUAAAAUACUUAGGAAUUAACUUAACCAAGGAGGUGAAAGACACGUAUAAUGAAAACUAGAAAACAUGGAUGAAAGAAAUUAAAGAAGACAUAAAUAAAUGAAGUCAUACCCCAUGUUCAUGGAUUGGAGGAUUUAAUGUUUUUAAAAUAUUGCUACUACCCAAAGAGA